ACAGCGUCGCAGUAGUUUUCAUGGCGGAACGUACAGGUUACGAUGUUGCUGUUGCUCCAUGUCGUGCAUUAUUACGCUUUCUUGGUGCUUGGCCAGAUCCAAAGAUACCGGAGGAUAUAUUUGCUGUUUUGCGAUUCGUUGUUGCCACGCUGACGAUGAUUUUAUUCGCCAAUGUUGCUCAAACGAUCAUGGUUGUUAAGGUUUGGGGUGAUUUGAAUUCCAUGAUCGAAAUUUUGACAACUGCCAAUAUUCCGAUUUUUAUCGCUUGCGUGAAGUUCCUCGUUGCCUGGUUCAACAGAAAAAUAUUGAAGAAACUAGUGAUUCUGAUGGCGGAGGACUGGCGUCGUAAAUAUUCGACUGAAGAUGAAGAUAUCAUGUGGGAAAACGCUUAUUUUAGUCGCAAGCUUUCCAUAGUAUGCAUCAGUCUAGCAUUAGGUACAAUAACGGCCCAAUUCAUCAUGGUCGUAGUUUUCGAUGCGAAUAACAGAGACAGCGAUGAGAGAACAAUGUAUAUGACGUCUUAUUUUCCCUACGAUAUCCAACGAAGUCCAAACUUCGAAAUUACUUGGUUGGGCCAAUUGUUUUCCAACGUCUUUGCCGCAAGUGCUUUCUCGGCUAUAGAUGCGUUUUUCGCGGUACUCAUGUUACAUCUAUGCGCUCAAUUGGCUAUACUGAGGAAGACUCUGUCGAAGUUAGUAAAUGAUCCAAGAAAGAAUAUCAAAGAUGGGGUAUUUAUUAAUAUGAUUGGCUGUUUGGUGGAGAGACACGAACAUUUGAAUAAAUUUGCAAGCGUGAUUGAGAAGUCAUUCAAUACGAUGUUCUUAGGACAAAUGGUAGCAUCGUCUUUUGCACUAUGUCUACAAGGCUACCAAUUAGUUGUGAUUACAAGUAACACUGAAAAUGGAUUAUCACUUUUACAACUGAUUCAUAUGAUUUAUUUCACCUGCUGUUUCUCAUUUAGCCUGUUCGUUUAUUGCUAUGUUGCUGAACGACUGCAGUACGAAAGUACAGAGAUCGGCUAUGCUGCUUAUCAAAGCGAUUGGUACAAUUGGAAUCCUGAAGAAACAAAGCUACUUCUGUUAAUGAUGCAUCGAGCACGAAAGCCACUUCAAAUUACGGCUGGGAAAUUUUGUUUUUUCUCCUUGAGGCUUUAUUGCAGUAUAUUGAAAACGUCUGGCGGUUAUCUGUCGAUGUUAUUGGCUGUGAAAGAUAGGAUAGUUUUAGAUGAGUAAUUGAAUAAUUCUGUAUUUUUGACGUUCAUUCCGCCUCUAAUUAUUUUUUU